AUGUCGACUCAAACACAGCAGCCUCAGACACAACAACCCGUUGUCGUUUACCCAAAUAGUGUGUCAGGGCAGGCAUCCCCAUCUCAUUCUCACUCGGAUGGAUCCUUUGGAACAGUUUUUAUAGUGCUGGCAGUAAUCAUUGUUUUAUCAGCUAUAGCUUGCUUUCUUGGAAGACUCUGUAACCGGCACAUGAGCCAAACAAAACCCUCCAAGCAAAGCCAAAACCAUAAUUACCCUCCUAAAGAAAGGGACAUAGACUUCGGGUUUGAUGGGAGGAUUCCUACCGCCAAACCAGCUGGCCAUGGUGAUCACAGCAAAGGAUUUAUAACGCCUGGAAUUGGGGAUCUCACAGGAUUCAGAAUGCAUGGGCAUGUGGACAUCAAAGGUGAAACUAAGCCUGUUGAUGAUGAAGCGUUAAAGGCCAGUGCAUGA